CCUGGGCGUCCUCACCACCGCUCGGAGCUCUUCCUGGUCCCCCAGGGCAGGAGCCGGCCACAGGCCAAGGGCAGCGAGUCGGCGCCAAGGGCCUGGCCUUGGCCGAGGUCUCCUCCGGCCUGAGCGGGCAGCGGGCAGCGCCAGGAUGGACUUCGGGUCUCUGGAGACCGUGGUGGCCAACUCUGCCUUCAUCGCUGCCCGGGGCAGCUUUGAUGGGAGCAGCGGCCCGUCUUCCAGGGACAGGAAGUACCGGGCCAAGCUCCGGCUGCCCCCGCUGUCCAAGUGCGAGGGCCUCCGGGACAGCCUCGACCUGGACUUCCAGAGCGUGUGCCGGGAGCAGCCCAUCGGCAGGCGGCUCUUCCAGCAGUUUCUCAGGGCUGACCAGAGGCACGAGCCGGCUGUGGGCCUCUGGCUGGACAUCGAGGACUACGACACGGUGGAUGGUGACCUGCGGCCGCAGAAGGCACAGAGCGUCGUGGCCACGUACCUGGACCCCCAGGCCAAGCUCUUCUGCAGCUUUCUGGAUGAGGGGACCAUGUCGAAGGUGAAGGGCGGGGCCGUGGGGGGCCAGGAGGGGCUGUUGCAGCCGCUGCUGCAGGCCACGCUGGAGCACCUGAGCGGGGCGCCCUUCCGGGAGUUCCUGGACAGCCUGCACUUCCGGAGGUUCCUGCAGUGGAAGUGGCUGGAGGCCCAGCCUGUCGGGGAGGACUGGUUCCUGGACUUCAGGGUCCUGGGGAAGGGGGGCUUUGGGGAGGUGUCUGCCUGCCAGAUGAAGGCCACCGGCAAGAUGUACGCCUGCAAGAAGCUCAACAAGAAGCGUCUGAAGAAGAGGAAGGGGUACCAGGGCGCCAUGGUGGAGAAGACCAUCCUGACCAAAGUGCACAGCAGGUUCAUCGUCUCUCUGGCCUAUGCUUUCGAGACCAAGACUGACCUCUGCCUAGUGAUGACCAUCAUGAGUGGAGGUGAUGUAAGGUACCACAUCUACAGCGUGGACGAGGAGAGUCCCGGCCUCCCGGAGCCACGCGCCACCUUCUAUGCGGCCCAGAUGCUGAGCGGCCUGGAGCACCUGCACCAGAGACGGAUCGUCUACCGCGACCUCAAACCCGAGAACGUGCUGCUGGACGAUGGGGGCAACGUCCGCAUCUCGGACCUGGGGCUGGCCGUGGAGCUGCCGGAGGGGCAGAGCAAGACCAGGGGCUACGCAGGGACGCCAGGCUUCAUGGCCCCGGAGCUCCUGCGCGGCGAGGAGUACGACUUCUCUGUGGACUACUUCGCCCUGGGGGCCACCCUGUAUGAGAUGAUCGCGGCUCGAGGUCCCUUCCGAGCCCGAGGAGAGAAGGUGGAGAACCAGGAGCUCAAGCAGCGUGUCCUCUCGGAGCCCGUGGCUUACUCAGACAAGUUCGGCCAGGCCAGCAGGGACUUCUGUGAGGCGCUGCUGGAGAAGGACCCGGAGAAGCGCCUGGGCUGGAGAGACGGCUCCUGCGACGGGCUGCGGGCCCACGCCCUUUUCAAAGACAUCAGCUGGAGGCAGCUAGAGGCCGGAAUGCUGACUCCUCCCUUCAUCCCCGACUCCAGAACUGUCUAUGCCAAGAGCAUCCAGGACGUGGGAGCCUUUUCCACCGUCAAGGGUGUGGCCUUUGACAACGCAGACUCGGAAUUCUUCCAGGAGUUCGCUUCGGGCAACUGUCCGGUUCCCUGGCAGGAGGAGAUGAUCGAGACGGGCGUCUUCGCGGAGCUGAACGUGUGGCGCCCUGACGGGCAGAUGCCGGACGACAUGAAGGGAGUCUCCGUGGGGGAGGCGGCUCCCGUGUCCAAGUCAGGACUGUGUCUGGUCUCCUAGCCACGUUCCGGAAGGAGCAGCUCUGGGUGCACAUGCAGACCUCUGGGUCAGCCCGUGGCCCCCAACGGCGGGCACCAGCUCCCUUCCCCCUCCAGACCCCUCAAGGACGAGAAGCCUGCCCAGCCCAGGAGCCCCGGGCCACCAAUGGGGUCGUCCACCUUCUCGUCUUAUUUCACUCAAAAGAGGCAGGAAAACAUUCCAGGUGCCAUAAGGCAGCGACAGACGGGCCCAAGGCCAUGCAGAGAUGCACGAGGGGACCGCCCUUCCGGGCAGCGCUGGCCAAGGUGCAGUCAGAAGCCGGGGGCAGCGUGGGUCUCCUGGGCCGUUGCUAACACCCCAGCCCAGGUCCCUCAGGAGGAGGCCAGCUCUCAGUGAGAUGAGGGCUGGCAGACCAUAGCUGCAAGCUGCAAGAGGCUGGACUCUGGGAUGGUCCCGGACUCCGGACUGGCCCUGCUCCCAGCCACCGCACUCCAGGGACUCGCACUCGGGGACACUAAGUCUGUGGGAGUGGAAAUGGUGGGACUUCCCUGGGCUUAGCUGGGAAUCACUGCCUCCAUGAAGUGGCAGGGAAGCUGCCUCAGGGGCCAGCACCACUGGUGGUGGACACUGUGUCCUAUUUCAUGUCCUCUGUCACCACCUGGGGUGGACAUCUGUGUUCUCAUUAACACCACCUGUGGUAUAGUUGUGUAGAUACCUCCUCCGUCCACAGCAUGUGUGGUGGACGCCCAUCUCCUCUAUCACCACCUGUGGUGGACGCCAUCUCCUUAGUUCAUAGCAUCUGUGGUGGACGCCACCUCCGUGGCCCACAGAACCUGUGGUGGACACCAUCUCUCAGUCCACAGCACCUGUGGUGGACACCCAUCUCCUCUGUCACCACCUGUGGUGGAUGCUGUCUCCUUGUGUUGAGAGCCACAGCCAAAGGGGCCCCAGCAAACUUCCAGCUGCCGGCUGAUGAUUGGCUCACAGUGGCCCCAGCAACAUCUAACUGAUUGGCUCCUCUGCGGUGAUGCUCAUUGGGCUGU